GUUCAGUGACAGCAUACUGGUUACAAGUUUCAAGAAACUCAAUUAGCUUGUGGAGUGCAGGGAAAGCAAAUUAAAUCUUGCUCAGCAGCCAUGGUUGGCGUGUUUCUCCUUGCAUAUAUCUAUGUGAAUCUAUUCCUUAAAUGCCAAGGUCAAAACAUUCAUCAAGCUAAGAUUUUCAGUGAAAAUACAGAAGUACCAGAAGGCGGUAGACUGGAGGUUACCUGCAGCACAUUUGGUUUUACAGUAAAGCCAGUUUAUUUAUAUUUGUGUAAAAAUGGUAAAGCUAUUGAUAUGAAAAAUGCACCCACUCGACAAGACACCGCCUUUAAAAUAGAGAGAAUAGAAAUGAACCAUUCAGGCAACUACAGCUGUGUGUUUUCAGAUGAGCAGUUGCAAACAUCAGAAGUGAUGGGAUAUGGUCAUAAUUACAUCUUCAUAAAUGUGAUCGAAUCUUUUAUUUAUACACAGAUACAUUCGCUUAAGUCUAAGGUGCCGGUGGGAGGUGAUGCUGCAUUUAACUGUAAAACGUCCAAUCCUUUACACAAAAAACAGCUCGAGAACAUGAUUUUGGUUUAUCUAAUCAAAAAUGGAAAACCUAUUGAAGUUAAUAUUUGGGACACAGAGAAGAUGAUGACAACAUUCACCCUCAGAGAGGUCCGGAUGGAAGACGCUGGAUCAUACAGUUGUGUUGUAUUGUUAAACAUACUCCCUUACCAAGGAAUGAGAUUUCAUCAAAAUAUUAAAGUCGAUCUUCAGAUAACUGCAAUAUCUAACAGUGGCAUAAACAAAGUUACAAUUGCCGUAACAUGCUCUACCAUAGUGUUGCUUCUCAGUCUGUUGGGAAUCUGGGUACUGAUCCGAAAACGAGGAUGCCUUGGAUUACACAAUAAAAGAUCCUCAAAGAAUGAGACAGAGCUCAGAGAAGCAGAAAAAUUCUAUGAAGAAAUUGACAAACCUGACACAUCUGGUGCUGGUAACAUACAACGUGUGGACUGGCCUGGUGCAGAUUGGGAAGAUUCUUCUGAUGGUCGUCUCUGUGGCUUUGCUGCUCCUGAUGGUAUCAUGGUAACAGCUCAAACUGUCAGAUGUCUCCUCCUGCUUGUCUGCUGUACUGUACUCUGCUCCUCUAUAGGGCCUCCUGUGCUGUCUUCCUAUGCCAAGACAGAAGACAAGCUGUUUAAACAUCUGUUCAGCAGCUACCAGAAAUGGGUGAGACCAGUGGAGGAUCUAAACGGAACAGUGCAGGUGAAAUUUGGCCUGGCUAUUUCCCAGCUGGUGGAUGUGGAUGAGAAGAACCAGCUGAUGACAACCAAUGUUUGGAUGAAGCAGGAGUGGACAGACAUGAAGCUCCGAUGGAAUCCAGAUCAUUAUCUGGGCAUCACCUCCAUCAGAGUUCCCUCAGACUCCAUCUGGAUUCCUGACAUUGUGCUCUAUGACAAUGCAGAUGGUAAUUUCGAGGCCACGGUGACAAAAGCAGUGGUGAGAUAUGACGGCACUAUCUCCUGGACCCCUCCUGCCAACUAUAAAUCUGCCUGCACCAUCGAUGUGACGUUCUUCCCCUUUGACCUUCAGAACUGCUCCAUGAAGUUUGGUUCCUGGACCUAUGACGGUUCCCAGGUGGACAUUCUCCUUGAGGAUGUACACGUGGACAAACGUGACUAUUUUGACAGUGGUGAAUGGGAGAUUGUGACAGCCACAGGUAGCCGGGGUUUGAGAAGUGAUGGGACCUUUUUCUAUCCAUCUAUUACUUACUCCUUUAUUAUCCGACGUCUUCCUCUUUUCUACACACUCUUCCUCAUCAUUCCCUGCAUUGGACUGUCUUUCCUGACCGUGCUGGUGUUUUAUCUCCCAUCUAAUGGAGGAGAAAAAAUCUCCCUCUGCACGUCCGUCCUCGUCUCUCUUACUGUCUUCCUUCUUGUGAUAGAAGAGAUCAUCCCUUCCUCCUCAAAGGUGAUUCCUCUCAUUGGAGAAUAUCUGGUCUUUACUAUGAUCUUCGUGACGCUUUCCAUUGUCAUCACUGUCUUUGCCAUUAACAUCCAUCAUCGCUCCUCAUCUACUCAUCACAGCAUGGCGCCCUGGGUCCGCCGUAUCUUUCUGCACCACCUGCCUAAACUGCUCUGCAUGCGCAGCCAUGUGGACCGCUACGCCACCACUGCUGCGAGGAACGGAAGAGAAGGGCUUGGCUAUGCAAAGAGUCCAGGCCAUGAUACCACUCCUCUGCUCAAUACAGAGCAUAGUCUACGGGCAGCCUUAGAAUCUAUACGCUACAUCACGCUUCAUGUGGUGAAGGAGAAUGAAGUCAGAGAGGUUGUUCAGGACUGGAAGUUUGUGGCCCAGGUUCUGGACCGGGUUUUCCUGUGGGCAUUUCUCUUAGUAUCACUGCUCGGCUCUGCUCUGCUUUUCAUUCCAGUCAUCUAUAAAUGGGCCAACAUCAUUGUUCCCAGCUAUGCUGGAAGCACAAGCUAAAACACAUGAAUGUAUACAACUAAAAAAUCUUUGGCAUGGAUAAAGUUUUUGUAUUAUUAUCACAUGCAUUUCUGUAGUCUUCAAAACAUCUAUGCAACUUGUGGCGAUUGAGCGCUGUUAUUUAUGCUGUAACAUGCUGCAUCACAUUAAUCAUUGUAUGCUGAUUUCAU